AUGGAGCAAUUCAAUAGGUCCAAUGAAGGAGACGCUAGAAGUGCGACGUCUCGAAAAAGCGGCUCAAGUGACAGCGCUAGGGGUGGCGAGCCAAGUCCAGCCCCCGAAGAUGACGAUGAGGACCUUUGGAGUGUUUGGAGCGAUGUGAUUCGAAACUGGGAGCACGAAAUAAAGAAGAAUCCGGCCACAAUCAAGGCGUUGGUGAAGCGUGGAAUCCCUCAACAUUUUCGGACCAUAGCCUGGCAACUGUUGUCUAAUGCGUCCGUUUCUUCGAUUCAUGAAGUGUACUCCGACUACAUGAGACAAUCAUCCGUAUAUGAAAAGGUCAUCCAACGAGAUAUUCCACGAACGUACCCUGAAAUGGAAUUUUUUAAGGACGGUGGUCGUGGUCAAGCAUCGCUCUUCAACGUUAUCAAGGCAUAUUCAAUUCACGACAAAGAAGUUGGUUACUGUCAGGGUAGUGCUUUCAUUGUUGGGCUACUGCUCAUGCAGAUGCCUGAAGAAGAAGCGUUUGCCGUUAUAGUCCGUCUGAUGGAAAAUUAUCGCCUGCGUGAGCUGUACAAACCGGCCAUGACAGAUCUUGGUCUGUGUAUGUUCCAGCUGGAGUGUUUGGUCCAAGAACAGAUGCCCGAUCUCUAUACUCACUUCAAUAAUAUGGGCUUCGACACGUCGAUGUACGCUUCAUCUUGGUUUCUGACACUUUUUACCACCACUUUGCCUAUAGAAAUAGCGAAUCGAAUCAUGGACUGCUUUCUUGUCGAGGGAAUGGAGUUCAUCUUCUGCGUAGCUAUGUCAAUUUUACAACAGGCUCGUAUCGAUCUGCUCCGGCUGGAUAUGGAAGGAAUGCUUAAGUACUUUCAACGCGAUAUUCGUGAGCGCUAUGAGAAUGAUGGUGAUCUCCUGUUCGCUGUUGCCAAUAAAGUUCAGCUGAAUCCUAGGAAAAUGAGGAAGUUAGAAAAGGAUUACCUAUCCAAACGAACUAAGGAGCAAGAGGAAGCUGUGGAGCUACGACGACUGCGAACGGAAAAUCGGUUGCUCCGACAGCGCAUCGACUACCUUGAAGCUGAGUCAGCGGCUCUCGCGGAUCGUCUCGUCAAAGGCCAAGUCAAUCUGGCGCAAGAAGCUGAGAAUUCCAUUAAUAUCGCUCACGAAUUGAGCAAACUUCGAGACAUCAACUCUGACGCGCAUCGGAAACUUGAACAAGCGUAUGACACGAUCAGGGAGUUAUCGUGUUCUCGACAAGGUGCUUUGCUGGAUGCUGUUGUACAAGUGGAUGACACUAGUAUGAUCGAACAUAUCCACUCACUUCAACAAGAACUCAUUGAAAGCCACAAUCGGCAAGCUGAUCACGAGAAUACGAUAAGGGAAUGCAAGCUCCGUAUCUCGGAUCUCGAAGCAGCCAAUAAACGGUUGCGUGAGCAUGAACCAUUUGAAGGUGUGGCUGGUCUUCAGGAAGAACUGAUCUCGGUGAAAAUGCGUGAAGCUGAAAGCAAUCUAGCCGUGAAAGAAAUGCGUCAACGUCUAGCUGAGCUCGAGCAGCAUUGGGCGAAAUAUGUUCAUGCACGGGCGUUGGAUCCCGCAUCUACCUCGCCCGACAGCGAUUCGAACACUGCUUCAAACGAUUCGCCACCACCGCCUUCGCUUAACUUUGCACGUGCGCGACUUGCACGGAUUACGGCAUCAUUCAUUGGUGCAUCACCUGAUGACGAUGACAGCUGCAUAACUAUACGAGAACUUGAGGAUCAGCUGAUGGGUGUGCGUAUUAAAGAGGCUGAUAAUCUAGCUGAGCUGAAAGAAAUGCGGCAAAAGGUCAUGGAGCUAGAAACUCAGAACCAUGUAUGUACCAAUCAAAUUCGACGUCAAGAUGAUGAGAUGAAACGAAUUCGCGAAGAGAUCGAGGCCGUGCAGAAGAUAAGGCGUGACCUGGAAACUUCUCUCCGUCAAGAACGGCAACGCUGUGUGCAAAGAGAAUCAGAGUUGAACGAACAGUGUAUUAUGGAGCGUUUAAAAUACUCUGAGGCAAUGCAAUCUGUCCAGGACCUUCGGCAGACGAUCACCCAGCUCGAAUUGCGGAAAGCUGAAGGUUGGGCGCACAGGCAGCUUCGCGGAUCUUCUGUGUGUGAUGCUGAUGAUGACUCCACUUCUCACUUGUCGAUCGGGUCCAAUGGCGAUGUGCUUUCCAUGGGAUCGGAAGAUAUGGUAGCUUUGUUCACUGACACAGCGCUGAAAGUUCCUGUAUUGGAUGGUCUUGUCGAAGAAAUGCCCAACAUUGAAACAGAAGAAACCCGAUCAAAGAGGGAUCUCGGCAACGGUACCAGUGAUCCUGUUGUUCGCAUUCCCUAG